AUGUGGCCCGUUGUUAUCCUCCUCUUCGGGGGAGGCAUUCUGUUCGCCAAGAAAGGAAUGAACUAUUUGAAGAAUCAGAAGAUAAAUCCUGGCGGUACAAGUUUCUUCCCAUCAUCCGGAUUUAACAGAAGCUUAGGAAAUCUUUUUUUAAAAAAUGACAUGAGGGGGUUUGAGAGAAACAUGUCCAAGUCGGAGGCUUACAAAAUAUUGAAUAUCAACCCGACUACCAAUCGGGACAGAAUUAGAGAAGUGCACAAACAGCUGAUGUUGAAGAAUCAUCCGGAUAACGGGGGCUCCACCUAUAUUGCGGCCAAAGUCAACGAAGCGAAGGACGUUUUGCUAAAGUAG